AGACUGCCACCCCGGGCGCGGCCACCCGAAGGGCGGGUCGUGGGCGCGGACAGCCGUGACGUCACGACCGCCCAGUCCCGAGGUAUUUACCUUCGAAAAGAGGUGGCGGCUGCAGGUACCGGAGUAGCGGAGCCGCCGGGAGGGGCUAGGUCUACUAGGGCGCACCGCCAAACCGAUCCAAGCCAAAGGGAUGCCUCGGCUCCUAUUCCCUCCUCCCACACCCCACAGACCGAUCCCAAAUUCUUCCCUCCUCACCAAACCCUCCUCCAUAGGAUUAGCCCUCCCUCAUCUCUAUCUUCAAUUCAAAUCCUACUUUUGAGGGUUCGAGCCUCAAAUUUUGAGACCAAAUACCAUCUCACUCCUGACGACUCAUCUGUAACCCUAAUCACCCACUUUCAAGUCUAGUCCCCAUUCUCAUCCUGAACUCCUAUCUCCUCAGCCCUGAAAACCUUUUUCUGCGCUCCUAACACUAUCCAUUAGAUACACCCUAAGUGAUCCUCAAACACACCCUCCCCCAUUUUGUGACCCAGCCCCAAACUCUCACCACUACCCUCUCCGUCACCAAAUAUCCCUUCCUUUGCUCAGUCUGGGCCCAGGUCCUGUGCCCCUGAGGACAUGGAGUUUGUGUCUGGAUACCGGGAUGAGUUCCUCGAUUUCGCUGCCCUCCUCUUUGGCUGGUUCCGCAAGUUCGUGGCGGAGCGAGGGGCUGUGGGGGCCAGCCUUGAGGGCCGCUGGCGACAGCUGGAGGCUCAGAUCAGAAGGUUGCCCCAGGACCCUGCCCUUUGGGUGCUCCAUGUCUUGCCCAACCGUAGUGUGGGCAUCAGCCUGGGGCAAGGGGCAGAGCCAGGCCUUGGACCAGGCCUGGGGGCUGCCCGGCUCCUAGGAGAUGAGCCCCCACUCCACCUGCAAGACCUAAGCCCCUAUGUCAGCUUUGUCAGCCUGGAGGAAGGGGAGGAAGGGGAGGAGAAGGAGGAGGAAGAAGAAGAGAAUGUUGAGGAGGAGGGUGCAGGCACGGAGAAGGUAGAACCAGAGGAGGAUGGAGAGCCAGCAACUACCAGCAGAGAGUCCCCCGGGGAAGCAAACCCUCCAGGGGAGCCAGAGGAGGCUGAGCAGGAGGCAGUAGGGGGCGAGGAUGGCUGCCGAGAGGACAGAGCAGAGGACGAAACGGGGCCUGAGAGGAGGAAGGGACGAAGAAGUGAGGCUGCCCCCCUGCACCUUUCGUGUCUCUUAUUGGUGACGGAUGAACAUGGCACCAUCUUGGGCAUUGAUCUGCUCAUGGAUGGAACACAGGGGAAUGCAGACAGGGUCUCAGGGACAGAGAACCUGGCUCCUCGGGCCUAUGCUCUCCUCUGCCAUAGCAUGACCUGCCCCAUGGGCUCUGGAGACCCCCGAAAGCCCCGACAGCUUACUGUGGGAGAUCCUCAGCUGCAUCGAGAGCUGGUGAGUCUGGUCCCAAGGCUGGGAGUGAAGUUAGCCAAGACCCCAAUGCGGACAUGGGGUCCCCGGCCAGGCUUCACCUUUGCCUCCCUUCGGGCUCGAACCUGCCAUGUUUGUCACAGGCACAGCUUUGAAGUGAAGCUGACACCCUGCCCCCAGUGUAGUGCUGUCUUGUACUGUGGAGAGGCUUGUCUCCGGGCCGACUGGCGGCGAUGCCCAGAUGAUGUGAGCCACCGAUUUUGGUGCCCGAGGCUUGCAGCCUUCAUGGAGCGGGCCGGAGAACUGGCAACCCUGCCUUUUACCUACACUGCAGAGGUGACCAGUGAAACCUUCAACAAGGAGGCCUUCCUGGCCACGCGAGGCCUAACUCGUGGCUACUGGACCCAGCUUAGCAUGCUGAUUCCAGGCCCUGGCACACCCAGGCACCCCUGGGGCAGCAUGCCAUCCCUCAGCCUUCUUCUCAGUGGAGAUCCCUACCAGCUUCUCCAGGGGGACGGGCCUGCCCUGAUGCCUCCUGUGCCCCCAGAUUCACCCAGGGGCCUCUUUGGCUCAUGGCAGGAUUACUACACAUGGCGGGGCCUCAGCCUGGACUCCCCCAUGGCUGUGCUUCUCACCUACCCACUGACUGUGUACUACAUCAUCACCCACCUGGUGCCCCAGUCCUUCCCUGAGCUCAACAUCCAGAACAAACAGUCACUGAAAAUCCACGUGGUGGAGGCCGGGAAGGAGUUUGACCUUGUCAUGGUGUUUUGGGAGCUCUUGGUCUUGCUCCCCCACAUGGCCCUGGAGCUGCAGUUUGUGGGUGACGGCCUGCCCCCUGAGAGUGACCAGCAGCAUUUUACCCUGCAGAGGGAUAGCCCCGAAGUAUCUGCCCGUCCUGGUCCUGGGGUAUCAGCACGGCUCAGCUCUGGGACUAAGGAGAAGGGGAGUCGCAGGGACCUGCAGAUCAAAGUGUCUGCACGGCCCUACCACUUGCUCCAGGGGCCCAAGCCUGACCUGGUUAUUGGAUUUAAUUCCGGCUUUGGUCUCAAGGACACUUGGCUGAGCUCACUGCCCCGGUUACAGUCCCUCCGAGUGCCGGCCUUCUUCACCGAGAGCAGCGAGUACGGCUGUGUGAUGGACGACCAGACCAUGGCGGUGGCCACAGGAGGGGGUACCAGCCCUCCACAGCCCAACCCCUUCCGCUCCCCCUUUCGCCUCAGAGCGGGCGACAAUUGCAUGCCGUGGUACUGCAACGCCUUCAUCUUCCACCUGGUCUACAAGCCCCCGCAAGGGAACGGGGCCCGCCAGGCGCCCAGGCCCGCGCCCCCAGCCCCAACUCCCGCCGCUCCUCCCGCCCCCGCCCGAAGGCGCCGAGGAGAAAAGAAGCUUAGGCGGGGGGCCCGCCGGCGGAGAUGAGGGCUGAGAUGUAGCAGUCCACUCCUUCCCCCAACACGCCUCUGAAAGGAACACAAAAACACGCGAGGCCGAGGGGGAGGACGGCUGGCGGAACCCGAAAAGGUAAAUAAAAUUACUUGUUUGAAACCACUGAGUCAAACGCUCACAAUUGGGUCAUUAAACGGGGAGGGAAGAAAAGGAUUUAGGGAUGACCUAUUUUCCUCCAGCUUCUCUCAGCCCCUCGACGGCUGUCCCAUCUCUCACUUGGGACUCUUACCCUCCUUGGUAAUCCCAAACUUCUAAUGUAUAUUUGGAUAAGUCAUUUUCCAUCCCCAGUAACCCUCAGGGACCUGCCCCAAGGCAAGGCAAGACCAAGAAGCAGAAAGUGGAUUCUUUGGGGGCAGGGGUGGGCAGGGGAAGCGUACAACCUCCUAGGGGCGCACAGACCCCUUAGUUUAGUGAAAGGCUCCAGCCACCCAACUGUCCAAGUUAGAAACCUGGCAGCCAUCAUUGACUCCACAUUCUCUCAUCCCUCAUAUCCAAUGAAGAACCAACUCCUGCUGAGUCAGACUGCUAAAGUCACUCAAAUGCAACAGUUUAUGUCCAAUCCCACUGCAAACUCCACCAUACCUCCGUCUCCACGUAUCAGCCAGCAUAUUCCUUCUAAAACAGACAUUCAAAUUACCCCCUGCUUAAAUCCCUCCAGUGAGUCUCCUCUGCUUCUAAAGUCCACUUGAGUGUGGGCUGGACUUAGUGACUCUCACUAAGUAUAGGAAGGGAAAAAUAGUGGAGAAACCUGGCAGACACCACUUAACCAAAUGAUGAAGGUUAAGAAGAAACAAUGUCACGUUGACAUCAUGUGCUCCCUGACAUGAUGCAAUGACAAAGCUACGUCACCUCUGUAGUAUUCUUCCCAGAAAUCCAUAACUUCAGUCUAAUCAUGAGAAAACAUCAGACAAAUCCAAGUUGUGGGACAGUCUACAAAAUACCUGACCACUAUUCUUCAAAAGUGUCCAAGCCAUGAAAGGCAAGGAAAGACCAAGACACUGUGACAGAUUGGAAGAGACUAAGGAGACAUGACAACUAAAUAUGAUGCAGUAUCCUGGAUUGGAUCCUGGAACAGAAAAAGAACAUUAGUGGAAAAACUGGAGAAAUCCAAAUAAAGUCUGUGAUUUAGCUAAUGGUAUUGUACCAGUGUUAAUUUCUUUUUUUAUUUUU